AUGAACGUCGACGCAAUCCCCGACUUCCUGGCGGAGCAGCGCGACGAGGCUCCCGAGGAGCUCCAGCACCUCGUUCUGGAGUUCGAGAACUACUGGGAGCGGAAACUCUGGCACCAGCUCACCGAUGCCCUUGGCCAGUUCUUUAGUCACCCUGGUAGCAAGCCCCAGCGGCUUUCCUUCUACAAGGUCUUCAUUCUCAAGUUCGCGGAUAAGAUCAACCAGCUUAAGCUUGUCGACCUGGCCCUGAAGGCCGCCACGGAAUGCAAGGAUGACGAAGAGCGCCUGGCAUUCCUCCAGGGUGUUGCAAAGAAGGUGGACAACGAGAACUCACAAGACGCUCUUGUGUACGCUUCCGUCGCGGUAGCCAGAGUAAAGCUGGAUCUAGAGGAUAUGGAUGGGGCUCGCAAGGACCUCGACACGGCCGAAAGAAUAUUGGACGGCUUCGACUCGGUCGAAACGAUCGUCCACGCAGCGUUCUACGAUGCGAACGCCAACUAUUACCAGCGCAAGAUGGACUUCGCAGCCUACUACCGCAACGCCCUACUCUACCUCGCCUGCAUCGAUAUCAACUCACUCACACCCCAGGAGCGCCACAGGCGAGCACUGCACCUCAGCAUCGCCGCACUUGUCUCCGACACCAUCUACAACUUUGGCGAACUGCUUCUGCAUCCCAUCCUCGACGCCCUCAAGGGCACCCAGGACGAGUGGUUCCGCGACCUGCUUUUCGCCUUCAACCGCGGUGACCUACAGGGUUUCGAGGCCCUCUCGGCGCGGAUGCGAUCCAAGCCUUUGCUGAACGAGAACGCCGGCCACCUGCGUCAGAAGAUCUACCUUGCAGCGCUUACCGAGGCCGUCUUCCGCCGGCCCCCCCACGACCGUGCCAUGUCCUUCACCGAUAUCGCUCAGGAGACCAAGGUGCGCCCUAAUGAGAUCGAGCACCUGAUCAUGAAGGCUCUGAGCUUGGGUCUUCUACGCGGAAACAUUGAUCAGGUAGACGAGGUUGCGCACAUUACCUGGGUCCAGCCGAAGGUGCUCGACAUGAAGCAGAUUGGCAACAUGCGCCAGCGGCUGCUUGACUGGGAUUCGCAAGUCAACCAGCUUGGUAACUGGAUCGAGAAUGCCGGUGGUGAUGUGUGGGCGGCUUGA